AAAAAGAAGAUACAGAGAAGCAGAGAAAGCAGUCAGCUCGGCACAGUUUAAACAAGGGAUGGAUGGUGAGGAUUUCGCGGUGGGAUGCUUCCUUUCAAUCAAGACAACUUUGGGCGACGAAUUCGAAGGCCAAAUCAUCAGUUUCGACCGCCUAUCGAACAUCCUUGUAUUUCAAGAGGGUUCGAAAUCAGGACCCAGAAGGAACAUUCGGCUGCUAAAGGCUAAUUAUAUUAAAGAGUUCUCUUUAUUGCGUCAAGAUGAAGAUCCACUUGACGUCAAAAAGUGUUUUUUAGACCUUACUAGUCUUCAGGCAAGGGAAGAUUCUGCUAUUAGGAAAGCCGAGGCCGAUUCUGAAAGGUUUGGAGUUGGAGUUACCAGUGAGGCACAGAGUCUUUUUGAUGCUUUGUCUAAAACGCUUCCUGUCCGCUGGGACAAGACUGUUAUUGUUGUAAUGAAUGAGGUGCGUGUGAGCAGUCCAUAUCUCGCUGAGUCUGUUAGUGGAGGAACUCCUGCAGCCAAUGAACGGGUGAAGAAAGUGCUGGAGUUUGAAAGGAAGAGGAUGCAAACUCGUGGUACCAGUCAGUGAUGAACUUAUUUGUGUUAUCCAAAGGUUGGUGAAACCAAAAAAGUGCUAUGAUUGGUACAUAUUGGUAGUUAUCUGACCUUGCAUUUUUUACUGUAUUGAAAGAAUUAAACAAAUACCUUAUAAUGAAUUGUUAGUUCUAAUAUCAUGCUACUUCUACCUUUUUUUAGAUGGGCUUGUUAAUGAGGGCAAGUUGGUUAUUGUUUGGAUUUGUUAGCAACUUUGCUUUAUAAUCUAUUUCCAGCUGUUCUUAGAUGCAUAUGCCAAGCUUGUCAUAACAUUUCUCUUUGUGAGAGGGGAUUGGAAGAAUUUGAUUGGUUGUGCAAGUAACUAAAGGUCUUAUCUGUAUAGCGGUUUGAUAAUUAUUAAAGAAAUAAUUCCGUUCAAUUUGUUAG